CGCGACGCGGUCGGCCGCAGUCACUUUCGAAUUUGCCGCAGUUUUAAGCCGAACGAACGAUGCUUGCCCUCGCCUCUGAACUCUGCCCGACGUCCGCGCCCUUCUUCGGCUUCAUGGGCGUCACCUCCGCCUUGGUCUUUGCCAACUUGGGCGCCGCCUACGGUACGGCCAAGUCGGGCGUCGGUAUCUCGUCGAUGGGCGUCAUGCGCCCCGAGCUCGUCAUGCGCAACAUCAUCCCCGUUGUCAUGGCCGGUGUCCUCGGUAUCUACGGCCUUAUCGUCGCCGUCAUCAUCCAGGGCUCGAUUGAUGUCCCGAACGGCAAGGAAACGGUGUACGGCUCUUACACGGGCUUUGCCCACUUGGCCGCUGGUUUGUGCUGCGGUCUCUCGGGUCUCGCUGCCGGUAUGGCCAUUGGUGUCGUUGGUGACGCUGGUGUCCGCGCCGUCGGCCAGCAGGAGAAGCUCUUCGUCGGUAUGAUUCUCAUCUUGAUUUUCGCCGAAGCUCUGGGUCUGUACGGUCUCAUCGUCGCGCUUAUCUUGGCCACGAAGAAGUCGACCGGCUGCUAAACCAUCACCCUCCAUGCUCAAGACGAAUACGACGAAUUACACUUGGCGCUCGCUGCAGUCUACAACUACUAGCAUGUGCUCUUAACGAAUCGGUGUCUUCGUCGCCUUACAUUUUUCCUA